AUUCAUUCAACAGUUGCACCUUGACGACGCGGCGGAACCUCCCAAAUUUUGGCAGUUGCCCCCCUUGGUUGUCUGGACUCGGGAGGAAGUCAAUCACGUCCACCGCCUGUCAAUCUAGUCCUUCCCACCUCGCAAUCGCCUCUAGGCAGUGUACCGGGCCGCCCUGGGCAGCAUAAUCUCCAGACUCCGCCCUUGAAAGUGGCGCUCUCCCUCACUGUCCACAUCUUGCGCCUUCUCUUCUUUCUCAAAGAAAGACCAUCUGCAAGACAGCUCCUUCCACCUUGGAUAUUCGCCCAACCGGAGCUGAAUCCCCCCCUCAUCUGCCUGGACAACGCAUUCCGUCUACCUAAUUGCUUACCCAAAGCCUUGAAUCUCACCAACAGCCAGGCCCUGUUACACGAAAACAACAUCCAAGAUGCGUCCCGAACUCGAGCAGGAGCUUGCUCACACGCUCCUCGUGGAGCUCCUCGCAUACCAGUUCGCCUCGCCUGUGCGGUGGAUUGAAACACAAGAUGUGUUCCUUGCAGAGCAGAUGGCAGAGCGGAUUGUCGAGAUUGGUCCGGCAGACACUCUGGGUGUGAUGGCCAAGCGGACUCUGGCCGCCAAGUACCAGGCACACGACGCCGCCAAGUCGGUCCAACGACAGAUCCUUUGCUACAACAAGGACGCAAAAGAGAUCUACUACGACGUCGAUCCGGUCGAGGAGGAGCCGGAGCCUGCCACGCCUGAGGCGAGCUCAUCGGCUGCUCCUGCUGCCGCUCCCACUGCCCCGGCCGCAACUCCGGCGGCCGCUCCACCACCACCGAGUGCGGGGCCUGCUGCUCAGGUUCCAGAUGCGCCUGUUCAGGCAGUGGAUAUCGUGCGCGCCUUGGUUGCCCAGAAGCUGAAGAAGCCUGUGCAAGACAUUCCCCUUAGCAAAGCUAUCAAGGAUUUGGUUGGCGGCAAGUCGACACUCCAAAACGAAAUUCUCGGCGAUUUGGGCAAGGAAUUCGGCUCAACGCCCGAGAAGCCCGAAGACACACCCCUCGACGAGCUCGGAGCUGCCAUGCAGGCUACCUUUGAUGGAAAUCUUGGCAAGACUUCGCAAGGUCUCAUUGCCCGCCUGAUCUCCUCCAAGAUGCCUGGCGGCUUCAACAUCACGACCGCACGGAAGUACCUCGAGACAAGGUGGGGUUUGGCCUCCGGUCGGCAAGACGGCGUACUCCUACUAGCGAUUACCAUGGAGCCGCCAGCACGUCUGGGCUCUGAGGCUGACGCAAAGGCAUUCCUCGACGACGUCACGCAAAAAUACGCUUCCACCGCCGGCAUCAGCCUCUCCACUGCCGCCGCUGUCGGUCCGGCUGCCGGUGCCGGCGGCGGCAUGAUGAUGGACCCUGCUGCGAUCGAGGCGCUGACGAGCGACCAGAAGGCACUCUUCAAGAAGCAGCUCGAGAUCAUCGCGAGGUACCUGAAGUACGACCUUCGCGAGGGCGACAAGGCGGCCCAAGCUUCACAGGAAUCCGUCAAGAUCCUCCAGUCUCAGCUUGACCUGUGGAUGGCCGAGCACGGUGACUUUUACGCUGCCGGCAUUGAGCCAGUUUUCAGCUCAUUGAAGGCCCGUGUCUAUGACUCGUCGUGGAACUGGGCUCGCCAAGACGCCCUCACAAUGUACUACGAUAUUAUCUUCGGUAGAUUGAAGGCCGUCGAUCGCGAGAUUGUCAGCCAGUGUAUCCGGAUUAUGAACCGGAGCAAUCCGACGCUUCUCGAGUUCAUGCAGUAUCACAUCGACAACUGCCCGACUGAGCGCGGUGAGACUUACCAACUCGCCAAGGAGCUGGGCGCCCAGCUCAUCCAGAACUGCAAAGACGUCCUCAACGCGGACCCCGUGUACAAAGACGUCGCCAUCCCUACCGGUCCCAAGACCACCAUCGAUGCCCGUGGCAACCUGAAGUACGAGGAGGUCCCGCGCGCCAGCUGCCGGAAGCUGGAGCACUAUGUGCAGCAGAUGGCUGAGGGCGGCAAGAUCACGGAAUACGGCGGCCGGACCAAGGUCCAGGACGAUCUGUCCAAGCUCUACAGGCUGAUCAAGAAGCAGAACAGGACCUCGAAGUCCUCCCAGCUCGAAAUCAAGACGUUGUAUGGCGAGGUCAUCCGUGCGUUGCGCAUGAACGAGAGUGUGAUUAUGCCCAAGGAGAAUGGCAAGCCCAAUGGUCUGCCGAAGAAGGGCAAGCCUAAGGGGAAGAUCGAGACGAUCCCUUUCCUCCACCUUCGCAAGAAGACCGAACAGGGAUGGGACUAUGACAAGAAGAACACGAACAAGUACCUGGACUGCUUGGAGCAGGCCGCCAAGGACGGUGUCACGUUCGCCGGCAAGUAUGUUCUCAUGACUGGUGCUGGUGCCGGCUCAAUCGGCGCCGAAGUCCUGCAGGGUCUCAUCAGCGGCGGUGCCAAGGUCAUCGUCACAACGAGCCGCUUCUCUCGCGAGGUCACCGAGUACUACCAGUCCAUGUAUGCUCGCUUCGGCUCGCGCGGCUCGCAGCUCGUGGUUGUGCCAUUCAACCAGGGCAGCGUGCAAGAUAUCAACGCCCUGGUCGACUACAUCUACGACACGAAGAACGGUCUUGGCUGGGACCUUGACUAUAUCGUUCCCUUUGCUGCCAUCUCCGAGCAGGGCCGGCAGAUCGAUGGCAUCGACUCCAAGUCCGAGCUGGCGCAUCGCAUCAUGCUGACGAACCUCAUCCGUCUCCUCGGCAAUGUCAAGACACAGAAGGCCACCCGCGGCUACGAGACGCGUCCGGCACAGGUCAUCCUACCGCUGUCGCCCAACCACGGCACCUUUGGCAGCGAUGGCCUGUACUCCGAGUCGAAGCUCGGCCUCGAGACGCUCUUCAACCGGUGGCACUCUGAGGAUUGGGCCAACUACCUCACGAUUUGCGGUGCCAUCAUCGGCUGGACUCGUGGGACGGGUCUCAUGUCGGGCAACAACAUCGUGGCGGAAGCCGUCGAACGCUUCGGCGUCCGCACUUUCUCGCAACAGGAGAUGGCGUUCAAUCUGCUCGGUCUGAUGUCCCCGACGAUUGUCGACCUUUGCCAGGAGGCGCCCGUCUUUGCCGACUUGAACGGAGGCCUGCAGUUCCUUCCCAACCUUAAUGGACUCAUGACCGAGGAGCGUCAGAAGAUUACCAGGACUAGCGAGGUCCGUCGCGCUGUGACCAAGGAGACUGCAUUGGAGAACACCAUCGUCAACGGCGAGGACUCCGAAGCCCUUUAUAAGAGGAAGGUCAUCGAGCCCCGCGCCAACAUCAAGUUCGAUUUCCCGCCUCUGCCCGACUGGAAGUCGGAGAUCUCACCCCUCAAUGAGAACCUCAAGGGCAUGGUCGACCUCGAGAAGGUCGUGGUUGUCACCGGCUUUGCUGAAGUCGGGCCGUGGGGUAAUUCCAGAACGCGGUGGGAGAUGGAAGCCUACGGCGAGUUCUCCCUCGAGGGUUGCAUCGAGAUGGCUUGGAUCAUGGGCCUCAUCAAGCAUCAUAACGGCCCGAUCAAGGGCAAGCCGUACUCUGGCUGGGUGGAUGCCAAGACUGGCGAGCCUGUCGACGACAAGGAUGUCAAACCCAAGUACGAGAAGCACAUCCUGGAGCACUCCGGCAUUCGUCUCAUCGAGCCCGAGCUGUUCGGUGGCUACGACCCCAACAAGAAACAACUGCUCCACGAGGUGGUCAUUGAGGAGGACAUGGAGCCCGUCCAGUGUCCGAAAGAGACCGCCGAGGAGUUCAAGCGCGAGCAUGGCGACAAGGUGGAGAUCUUUGAGAUCCCGGACAGCGGCGAGUACACGGUCCGCUUCAAGAAGGGCGCGUCCAUAUGGAUGCCGAAGGCGCUGAGGUUCGACCGCCUCGUUGCCGGGCAGAUCCCGACUGGUUGGGAUGCGAAGCGGUACGGUAUUCCCGACGACAUCAUCUCGCAGGUCGAUCCUGUGGCGCUAUUUGUCCUUGUCUCCACCGUCGAGGCUCUUCUGUCGGCCGGUAUCACCGAUCCGUACGAGUUCUACAAGUAUGUCCACGUCUCGGAAGUGGGCAACUGCGUGGGCUCCGGUAUGGGUGGUGCGGCGGCUCUGCGCGGCAUGCACCGGGAUCGUUUCUUGGAUAAGCCGCUGCAGAACGAUAUUCUCCAAGAGUCCUUCAUCAACACCAUGGCUGCUUGGGUCAACAUGCUGCUCAUCUCCUCUUCCGGCCCGAUCAAGACGCCCGUCGGUGCAUGCGCCACGGCUGUCGAAUCUAUUGACAUUGGUUAUGAGACCAUCAUGGAGGGCAAAGCGCGUGUCUGCUUUGUCGGCGGCUUCGACGACUUCGGCGAGGAGGGCUCCUACGAGUUCGCGAACAUGAAGGCCACCAGCAACGCCGUGGACGAGUUUGCCCAUGGCCGAACGCCCAAGGAGAUGUCGAGGCCCACAACCACGACCCGGAACGGCUUCAUGGAGUCGCAGGGCUGCGGUGUCCAGGUCAUCAUGACUGCCAAGCUCGCCUUGGACAUGGGCGUUCCGAUUUACGGUGUCCUCGCGCUCACCACGACUGCCUCGGACAAGAUCGGGCGCUCCGUCCCUGCACCCGGCCAAGGUGUGCUUACGACCGCUCGGGAACACCCUAGCAAGUUCCCGUCGCCCCUGCUCGACAUGAAGUACCGGAGGCGCCAGAUUGAGCGGCGGACCAAGCAGAUUCAGCAGGACAUGGAGGCUGAACUCCAGUAUCUUGUCGACGAGGUUGAAGCGAUCAAGGCUGAUGGCCGGUCGGAGAGUGAGAUCAAUGCAUACGCCGCGGAACGGGUCAGGCACAUCCACAAGGAGGCCGAGAGGCAGACCAAGGAAGUUCUGCGCAGCUAUGGCAACAACUUCUGGAAGAGCGACCCGAGCAUCGCUCCUCUUCGCGGCGCUUUGGCUACGUGGGGUCUCACGAUUGAUGAUCUCGAUGUCGCGUCCUUCCAUGGCACGUCCACCAAGGCGAACGACAAGAACGAGUCAUCCGUCAUCUGCCAGCAGCUUUCCCACCUUGGCCGCAAGAAGGGCAAUGCCGUGCUGGGUAUCUUUCAGAAGUAUCUCACCGGUCACCCCAAGGGUGCUGCUGGUGCCUGGAUGAUGAACGGCUGCUUGCAGGUGCUGAACUCGGGUCUCGUCCCUGGCAACCGGAAUGCCGACAACAUCGACCAGGUGAUGGAGCAGUUUGACUACAUCGUGUACCCGAGCCGCAGCAUCCAGACGGACGGCGUCAGAGCGUUCUCGGUCACUUCGUUCGGCUUCGGUCAGAAGGGCGCUCAGGCAAUCGGUAUUCAUCCCAAGUAUCUAUACGCCACUUUGGACGAGCAGACCUUCAACGAGUACCGGACCAAGGUGCAGGCGCGGCAGAAGAAAGCAUACCGCUUCUUCCACAACGGAAUGAUCAACAACACACUCUUCGUCGCCAAGGACAAGUCGCCGUACACGGAUGAGCAGCUCAGCUCCGUGCUCCUGAACCCAGACGCACGAGUCGCGGAGGACAGGAAGACCGGGCAGCUCACUUUCCCCGAGAACUUCAUGAAGCUCUCGGAGCAGAUGCAGACUCGGACUGCCCCGCACACUCAGGCGUCGCUGGAAUCGGUGCUCGGCCGUCAGGCGCGGGAGCUCGAGAACAUGAGCACGCGUGUCGGGUUCGACGUCGAGGACAUCUCGACCAUCAACGUCGACAACGACACGUUCCUAGAGCGCAACUUCACCGAGGCCGAGGCCAAGUACUGCCUGGCGUCGUCCACGGGCCGGUCGCCGCAGAAGUCGUUUGCCGGGCGCUGGAGCGCCAAGGAAGCCGUCUUCAAGGCGCUGGGCGUCCCCAGCAAGGGGGCAGGGGCGGCGAUGAAGGACAUUGAGAUCCUUUCGGAUGAGAACGGGGCGCCUAUUGUCACGCUGCACGGUGCCGCCUUGGAGGCUGCGGAGAAAGCGGGUGUCAAGAAGGUGGCCGUGUCCAUCUCGUACACGGAGAACCAUGCUGCUGCCAUUGCGACAGCUCAGCUGUGAUGACUAGGAGGGUACGGAAGGAGGGAGUUUGGGGGGUUCAUUAUGCCUAGACGGACGGGGCUUUUUAUGAUGUGCAUGUCUUUUUUAAUGUGAUGUGGUGAGGCGGAAUGAGAUCAGGCAAAGGGGGGUGGGUAUAUUAGGCAGAGGUUAGACCGCGGUUGCAGUGCUUUAGUGCGCAAAGAACAGUACUAGUAAUAUCUAGAUGGCGCUUUCCUUUUUUUGAGGACAUAUCUAAAUGCUUGGUUGGCUGAGUACUACUAGGUUGUAGUCUUCUCAGUCUUGGUGCUCCUCAAUCUCGCUUCCUGUAUUAGGUAUCACCAACAUUGCUGUCAGCAUGAUUAUCCUUACUCCGU